GUCUAUCAUUCAAUGUAAGCUGCCUGGUACAACGGAAGUCGUAAUCGACAGCCCUGACCAUCCACUUCAGAGGCCUCCACGUGCACCUGACCAACUAGAUCCUAGACUCGCUGAUUGGCCGAUAUUGAGUGAAGACGACGUUCAUUUUGCACAACACUUUCAAGACUUUGUUACUGAUUUAGCGCUCACAUGUACUUGGCACGAGCAUACAGACACGUGCUGGAAACACUUGCGACCGGGAGAGCCUUGCGAUGACCAACAUUGUAGGAUGCAAAUAAACGGGUCUACUCGUUCUCUCACUGAAUAUGAUAGUGAGACGCAAGGAAUAUUAUUGCGGAGAUUGCACCCAAAGAUUAACAACUUUAAUGACAUUGUUAUCUUCCUUACUUUACUAUAUAAGCGAUUAUAUCACUAAGAGCACGCUCCCUGUGCACGUUGGCCUGGACGCAUUGCAUUACACAAUUAAGCAGAACGAGAAGAAAUUUCCCCAAAGUGACGACACUCCUGAGUCGGUGAGGAGUCGAAGUUUGUUCACUAAAAGUGUAAAUGCUCAUUGGAGGAGGGGACUGUUAUACCAGUCAUUCCUUUCGUGUUCUUAGAUAGUCCGAAUUUGACUAAUACAUGUCUUCCCACUUUGCCGGAGACCUUUGGUCUUCAUCCUCUGCAGAAGAUGAUAGUAAUGUCCCUUUUCAUGACAACGGUGGGCACCUACUUUCCCGUGCUGAUGAUCAAACUGCACUCACAGAGGAGAUUAGU